AUGCGGCGCGGUGUCUUGAUUUUCCUCCUCGUCAACCUCCUCAUAGUCACCUUUCUGGUGCGCAGUGUGUUCACGCUUCUGUCGCUGCUCGUGGAAGAUGCUUCCGCCGACGCCAUUCAUCGUGCCGAGCUCCCCUCGCCGAAUUCCAGUCUAAUCGAACAACGGCCGCAAAUCAUCCCCAAAAUCAUCCACCAGACCUACAAAAACGAGACGAUCCCCGAGGUGUGGAGAGAAGCUCAGCAGAGCUGCAUUGACUUGCACCCUGACUACGAGUACAUUCUGUGGACGAAUGAGAAGUCGCGCGAGUUUAUCGCCAACGAAUAUCCCUGGUUUCUCGAGACGUUCGAUGGCUACAAGUACCCGAUUCAGCGGGCAGAUUCGAUUAGAUACUUUGUUCUGGCCCACUACGGUGGCACCUACAUUGACCUUGACGAUGGAUGCAACCGUCGCCUAGAUCCUCUUCUCGCCUACCCUGCUUGGGUGCGACGCACUGUUCCCACCGGUAUCUCCAAUGACGCGAUGGGCUCUGUUCCACAGCAUCCUUUUUUCUUGCGCGUGAUCGAGCUGUUGCAGUCUUAUGACCGCCAUUGGCUUCUGCCGUAUAUCACCGUGAUGUACUCCACCGGCCCGCUCUUCCUCUCGGUGAUCUGGAAGGAAUACAUGCAAACCCUUCCGAGCGAGUCGGCACGUGUGCGCAUCUUGAUGAAGGACGAGUACAACAAGCACUCGUGGAGUUUCUUCACUCACCACGUGGGGAACAGCUGGCAUGGCAAAGACGCCCGUCUGAUCUUCUGGAUGGGCCAGCACUGGAUGUUCCUCACCGUUCUCGGAUUCAUUCUGGCUGCCGUGGUCGGAUUCUCCCUCUGGUGGCUCUAUGUUCGGGUUAUGGUGCUUGGUUCGAAGUACCGCUACCGUUAUGCAAAGAUUCCUUCUUUCGUGACGGGAGCCCGGUUACCUUCCCCGACAAGAAUGUCGCGUCGGAUGAUGCCCACUCUCCUUCGCCGGGUCAGCUUCAAGGAAGACGAAGAAGCGAACGGUGUUACGGAAACUUCCUAUGAACUUUACAGUCGUCGUGACUAA